AUGCUGCUGGCAGAGUACAUUGACUGGUGGCAGCAGCACAACCAGCAGCAGCAGCAGCAGCAGGAGGAGGAGGAGGAAACAAGGGCAUCCAGCACGUUGCUGACUCCUGGUCCCUUGUGGUACUGCAAGGACUGGCACUUGGCGGCCUUUGAUCCGCAGUAUCAAGCCUACCGCUGCCCCUCCUUCUUCUUUGACGACUGGCUGAAUGAGUUGUACGAUGCCCGUGAGCAGCCGCAGCCGCAGCACGAUGUCAGGACAGCCGACUAUCGGUUUGUGUAUCUGGGUGCAAAGGGCACCAGCACCUCACUGCACUCAGAUGUGCUGCGCAGCUUCAGCUGGUCAGCUAAUGUGUACAGCCACCUGCUGCUGGACCUCCAUGGUCGUAUCCCUGCGUGGGAUUUCUUUGCAGAAGACCUUGAAGGCCUGUACCCUCGACUUGAAGAGGCACGCUCGCACAUCGUAACCGUGGUUCAGCAUCCGGGCGACGCCAUUUUUGUACCCUCAGGCUGGUGGCAUACGGUGGAGAAUGUCGACGACUGUAUUAGCAUCAACCACAACUGGCUCAAUGGCCACAACGUGCACUGGACGUGGGCGCUGCUGCGACUGGAACGGCGGCAGGCUGAGGAGGGCAUCGAGGACUGCCGGGAGCUUUGCAGGCAAGACCGGCCCUCUCCUUUUUUCAGGAAGCUAGUCUGCACCAGCUAG